UCUUGCGGGGGGAGAGGGAGAGGGAGAGGGAGAGAGGGGACUCUGAGAGGGGGAAAACUGAAGGCAGACGCCAAGGCAUCGGCUUCCACUGAAACCCUAAACCUAGAGGGUGAAGAUGAUGAUGAGAGACGGAGAUAACGAAACCCUAGGUAGGAUGAACAUGAUGUCAGUAAUGCCGUUGCAACUGAAUCGAGCGGCGAUCUCCGGCGAGGUUUCGACGCCGAGCAUGCCUAUGAAGGAGGACCGAAUUCCCCAAUGGGGCCAUCAAGAAACCAGAGAUUUCAUUGCAAUUCGCGCUGAGUUGGAGAGGGAUUUCACGGUUGCUAAGCGGAAUAAGACGCUCUGGGAGAUUGUCGCGGCGAAGAUGAAGGAGAGAGGAUAUAGAAGGACCCCUGAUCAGUGCAAAUGCAAAUGGAAGAACCUCGUUAAUCGCUAUAAGGGUAAAGAAACAUCAGAUCCAGAGAACGGCCGGCAAUGCCCCUUCUUUGAGGAGAUACACGCAGUUUUUAUAGAACGAGCAAAGAACUUGCAGCGCUUACUCCAUGAAUCUGAGGCUGUGUCUGCUAGGCAAGCAAAGAAGAAGACAAAGAGAUUGAGUGGUGAUCAAUCCUCCGAUGGUUUCUCAGAGGACGACGACUCGGAUGAAGAUCACAGCGAAGAGGAGCGGCCUUCAAGGAGCAACCGGAAGAGAAAAUCCGAUAGGCGGACGACUACGUUGGACAAAUCAUUACCAGGGUCAAAUUCUAACACUGGUAGCAUUCAAGAGAUGCUUAAAGAAUUCUUUCAGCAGCAGCAGAGGAUGGAUAUGCAAUGGAGGGAGAUGGUGGAGAGGCGGGCACAAGAGAGACAGAUGUUGGAGCAGGAAUGGCGGCAGUCGAUGGCGAAGCUGGAGAGGGAGAGAAUGCUUCUGGAACAGGCAUGGAGGGAGAGAGAAGAGCAGAGGAGGAUGAGAGAAGAGAGCCGMGCCGAGAAGCGGGAUGCCCUAUUAACAACUCUGCUGAAUAAACUCCUACAUGAAAAUCAUCAUCAUCGAUAGAGAACAAAUAAAUUGAUUUUAAUUAAGUAUCAAAUGGAGCAUUCUCCAGGUUCUAACUGAAAGCAGAUGAGAAAAAUUUGCUUAUCUUCUGGGGAGACUGUAAAGAAGUGAAAAAGAAUAAAAGAAAAUUUAUACAGCAAAGAUAUAAGUUGUUGUAAUUGGGUUUAUACACGGGAAGAAGAGAAACAAAAAAAAAAGCAUUAUAAUUUGAUUGAGAGUUCUGAACUUUUUUUUUCUGUAAGUGAGAUCGAAUUGUGUGUGAGCAUUGUGAGGGAUGGAUGUUUGUUUAUUUGUUUGUUAAGGAAGGCUUGUGAUCAUAGACA